AAACACUCGUUUCUUUGUUUUGCACACACUCAAAGCUCAUCUGUUCAAGCAAUCUGCGUUUACUUUUACUUUCGUCAAAUCUUACAUUACCAUGGCUCGUACCAAGCAAACCGCCCGCAAGUCUACUGGAGGAAAGGCUCCUCGUAAGCAGCUUGCCACUAAGGCUGCCCGCAAGUCAGCCCCUAGCACUGGCGGUGUGAAGAAACCUCACCGUUACAGGCCUGGUACCGUGGCCCUUCGUGAAAUUCGUCGGUACCAAAAGAGUACCGAGCUCUUGAUCCGCAAGCUUCCCUUCCAGCGUUUGGUCCGUGAAAUUGCCCAGGACUUCAAGACUGACUUGCGCUUUCAGAGCUCUGCGAUUGGUGCUCUUCAGGAAGCCGCCGAGGCGUACCUCGUCGGUCUGUUUGAGGACACGAAUUUGGCUGCCAUCCACGCAAAGCGUGUGACAAUUCAGCCGAAAGAUAUCCAGCUUGCUCGUCGUCUCCGUGGUGAACGUUCGUAAACAAGCGAGUUGGUUGUGAUGGUGCAUCCAUGCUUUUUUAAAAGCAAUAUCUCAGGAUGCAUUUGAUGUUUGAUAGUUUCAUUUUGUGUAUAUUGUUGAUGUAGUACAAUUUGCGUGAAUACUCAAUUCGUGUUCGGUAUAAUUGGCACGGUAUUAUUGCAUGGUGCGAUUAGAACGUAUCACAGGCCAUCGCAAACAGCAUGGAAUACCGUCCGUAUAUUCUAGCGGAAUCAAAAACUGUUUUAUUAUCCCACGAUAUCUGUCGUGAAUAUAAUGCACCCCAGACUUCAUACCCCA